CUCGUCAGCCCCCGUAUCACCCCCGGCUUAGGUUUAGGUCUCCUCCUCUCCGCCGCCGCCAGCUGCGGAGAGCUCGCCAAAAUGGUUGCCCACAGGUUCCAUCAGUACCAGGUGGUGGGUCGCGCGCUGCCAACCCCCGCUGAUGAGCACCCCAAGAUCUACCGGAUGAAGCUGUGGGCUACCAACGAGGUCCGCUCCAAAUCCAAGUUCUGGUACUUUUUGAGGAAGCUCAAGAAGGUUAAGAAGAGCAACGGUCAGGUUCUCGCUAUCAACGAGAUAUUUGAGCGUAACCCUACCACAAUCAAGAACUAUGGCAUCUGGCUUCGUUACCAGAGCAGGACAGGUUACCACAACAUGUACAAGGAGUACCGUGAUACCACCCUCAAUGGUGCUGUGGAGCAGAUGUACAAUGAGAUGGCUUCCCGUCACCGUGUAAGGUCACCCUGCAUCCAGAUCAUCAAGACAGCAACAGUUGACUUCAAGCUCUGCAAGAGGGACAACACCAAACAGUUCCACAAUUCAAAGAUCAAGUUUCCUUUGGUUUACCGCAAAGUCAGGCCACCAACCAGGAAGCUGAAGACCACCUUCAAGGCUUCAAGGCCCAACUUGUUCAUGUGAUCCAACUCAUCCUGGCACCAUCCGAAAACUGUGAGCCUGGCAGUCUGGAGGGUUUCUAGUUCAGGUUAAUUAAAUCUACAUGCAAAGUUUCUGAAUUGUAGUUGUAGGUCCAUGCAGUGGCCUUUAUUAGCUUGAUGAAUAUACCCAUUUCUUUCUGUCCCUUACCAUCUUCUGCCUUAUAAAUUAUAAUAGCCAUUUCAGAUCUCAUCUGCUUUAAGCUUUAUUCAAAUGUCUAAAUUAGUGUUUGCUUAUGGCUA